AUGCUUAUGGAAAGGAAACCUAGAGACGACGACACAGUGCAUCUCCCAAGGAAAGUCAGCAAAGUAUGCUUAUGGAAAGGAAAUCUAGAACGACGACACAGUGCAUCUCCCAAGGAAAGUCAGCAAAGUAUGCUUAUGGAAAGGAAAUCUAGAGACGACGAACACAGUGCAUCUCCCAAGGAAAGUCAGAAAAGAAAGUCAGAAAGUAUGCUUAUGGAAAGGAAACCUAGAGACGACGACACAGUGCAUCUCCCAAGGAAAGUCAGAAAAGUAUGCUUAUGGAAAGGAAAUCUAGAGACGACGACACAGUGCAUCUCCAAGGAAAGUCAGAAAAGUAUGCUUAUGGAAAGGAAAUCUAGAGACGACGACACAGUGCAUCUCCAAGGAAAGUCAGAAAAGUAUGCUUAUGGAAAGGAAAUCUAG